CUUCACGUCGCAUAGUCGGCAAUUAAAAACAAAUAAACAAAAACCUGAAAGUAACAAAAUUUUCUCUGUUCUCACAGAGAAAGACUUUCCAAAAUUCUAAUUUUCAAAGACAAUAUUAGUGGCCUUUCUAUUUUCUAAGUUUCAAUUUCAAAUUAAUGGCUUCUCGGAGGCGUAUGCUUCUCAAGGUCAUAAUCCUCGGAGACAGCGGGGUUGGGAAGACAUCUCUGAUGAAUCAAUAUGUGAAUCGUAAGUUCAGUAAUCAGUACAAAGCAACCAUUGGAGCUGAUUUCUUGACAAAAGAAGUGCAGUUUGAGGAUAGACAAUUUACAUUGCAGAUAUGGGAUACAGCUGGGCAGGAAAGGUUUCAAAGUCUUGGUGUGGCAUUCUACCGUGGAGCGGACUGUUGUGUUCUAGUCUAUGACGUGAAUGUCAUGAAAUCAUUUGAUAACCUCAACAACUGGAGGGAGGAGUUUCUGAUUCAGGCCAGCCCUUCUGAUCCAGAAAACUUCCCAUUUGUUGUAUUGGGGAACAAGAUAGAUGUUGACAGUGGCAAUAGUCGGGUGGUAUCUGAGAAGAAGGCAAAGGCAUGGUGUGCUUCCAAGGGAAAUAUUCCUUACUUUGAAACUUCUGCAAAAGAAGGUUUCAAUGUAGAAGCUGCCUUCCAGUGUAUAGCCAAAAAUGCUCUUAAGAAUGAACCUGAAGAAGAAAUUUACCUCCCUGACACCAUUGAUGUGGUGGGUCGACAACAACAAAGAUCUUCGGGUUGUGAAUGUUAGAAGAGAUAUUGAUGAAGUUUCCGAGUCAAGCAAGGGUAACAGGCGACAUGAUUCCCUUCUCCAGUCACCAUGAAUUAGUAAUUCACAAAGUUUCUUUAAGGUUCCAUAUAUAUUAUUAAGUGCUUAAAGAAAGGAACUUGAUAGUGCUAUCUUUAUUUUACUUUCCCUUCUCAUAUGCAAAUCUUGUACUCUGUUCCACCUUUAGAAGUUAAUUGUUUUGUACUGAUCCCUGGAAUUUGAUCCUUCUCUUCUCGUAUUAUUGUGAUGUGCAGUGCUUUAAACAAAUAUCGAUGUCAUUUGGAAA